AUGACUCAAUUCACGCUACACACGACAGCCCUAUUUGAUCCACAGAUCAAGAAAGUUCGUAAAAACAUCUCCAUCGAAGUAGACUCUUCGACGGGGCUCAUCGUCCAAGUUUUUGAGCGUGACGAUGGGAAGCGACCAUUCGAAACCGUCAUGAAGGAUGGCGACAUCGACUUACGUGGGAAAUACGUUCUCCCCGGCUUGGUCGAUUCGCAUACUCACGUCUUUCUGCAUUCUUAUGAUGAAGCUGGAGCCCUCCAGCAAAAGCGAGACGAAAGCAUUGUUGAACGGGUGCUUAGAGGUGCCAAUCACUGCAAACUUGCACUGAUGGCUGGGUACACCACUUACAGGGACCUUGGCUCAGAAGGAAUGCAGGAAUUUGACGCCAACAUGAGGGAUUCCAUCGCCCGCGGAAUAAUCCCAGGGCCUCGACUAUUCGUCGCCACAAAGGUAAUCGCCAGCACCGGGUCUUUCGAGUGCCGGACGGAAAACGCCAGCGGAGGCCACUGUCUGCCUGCCAGCGCAGACGCAGUCGACGGGCCCGAAGCAUGUCGCCAGGCUGUCCGGCGGCGGAUCGCCGCAGGCGCAGACAUCAUCAAGUUCUUUGCCGAUUAUCGACGAAGGAUCAUGCGGUCUCCCCCGCCCAGCAGCACCCGUAUAUCCCCAGCCCACGAGGAGAUGAAAAUGAUCGUUUCCGAAGCGGCUCUUGCGAGAUGCCCCGUUUCUGCCCACUGUUGCACGCUUGAGGGGGCUUUGGCGGCGAUCGACGCGGGGGUCGACUCUAUCGAGCAUGGGUAUUUCGCGACGGAUGAGAUGUUUGCGCGAAUGGUAGACAGGAAUGUGAUUUUCGUCCCAACGUUAGCUAUUGCGGAAAAGCUUCACGCAAAGCGUUUUGAUCAGAUCCUGCGUCAGGUCAAGCGCGCUCAUGAGCUCGGUGUUCGCAUCGCUUGCGGAGGGGAUACGGGUACCUAUCCGCAUGGCGACAAUGUGCGAGAGCUGGAGCUGAUGAUCCAAGCGGGGAUCCCCGUGGCUGAUGUCCUGGAAGCGUGCACUGUGGGUGGGUGGGAAGCUUGUGGGCGGGACCUUUGUGGCCGUCGGUUUGGAUGGUUCGAGCAGGGCUUGCAGGCAGAUAUUGUGGCUUUGGAAGGCGAUCCCGAGGUUUCGCCAGAGGCGUUGCGUAAAGUGGAUUUUGUGAUGAAAGAUGCCCAGGUGUGGAAGCGAGAUGGGAAAUUCACUCAGAGUUAG